GAAGUACUUAACCCUUUCAUGCUGUUUCUGUUACAGUAUUCGCAGGGCUGUUGCCUUUGGUGGGCCGGUUCAGAGGACGAAAUUCGAGGUCUUUGUGAAGUCGAAAAGAAUUUACCAGGACAGGUUUGAAAUGUCCAAAGUGAUGCACUGUAAGCCAUAUUCAUAACAGUUGCUUGAACUUCAGAGAUGUUCACUAUGGAUUGUAAGGGAGCUACAUUCAGUGAAUUUGACUUUUAUGGCUCGGAAAAGAUACUGCAGCAGAGUUGUGUAACAACACAAGAUAGUAUGUUGGUUACAUUAUGUAUUGCAUCACUACGCCACCAUCAACCAUUAGUCGAUGAAGCUGCUGUACGUUUGCAACUUCUGUCCUUGACAUCGUCUUCUGGCAACUGUGUGCACCCUUGGCAAAGGUCUGUUGCUUCAAAAGCUGUCUCGAUACCAAUUAGUCCAAAUGUACCAGAGAGUUGGUCAAUCCUUGGGUUUAAUACAAAUUCAGAUCGACUGGGUUACACUUCUUGUGAUAGCAACAGAAGCCCACUGACUGACUUAAGACAUUGGAUAGAUUGCCAUUCUUUUCUUUUGAAGGAAUUUUGCUGACUACUGAUAUUUUAAGAAUCGUCAUCCACUUUUCACCAGUUCUAAUGCAUUUGCUGUCCUGGACUAAUGUGCACUCUUACAGUGCCACUGGAACUGCAAGGAUGUCCAAGGGCGGACCUUCUCCCAUCUAGUUCUAUCACAGCUACUACACCCAGCUACUGUGAGGUCCAUCAUCCUGAUGUGUUGAAGACCCGUUUUCAUUUUAUUCUGUUUGGCAGCAUGUUGCACAAAUGUUGACAAAGUUCUAUGCAGUUCCUGCUCACGAACAAACAUUUAAAUUUUUCAUUUUGUCGUAUAUGUCAGAUUUUGUGCGCAUGGGUUGGUUUUGAUUACACCUUUAGAGUGUCAUUAUUCAUAAUUGAACCUGGUUUGUGGUUGAGAAUAGGGAUUUGUAAUGUUCCGUCUGUUCUUGUGCACUCCCAAUUUCCUUCUGAGAAACGCAGUGCGGUCAGAAUACUAAGGUAAUUCUUAUCACUUUAAAAAACAAAUUUGUCAUAAUACAGAGAAAUUUGUUCGUAAUAUGAAGAAACUGAUCAUAAGUUUAUGAGAACCCUUCAUAUAGGGUACUACCUUGCUGUGCUGUCAUAAUACUAAGCUCAGUAGAAUCUAGAGUGUCCCAUGCUGCCUCCUGUGUCAAUGAAGAGCGUUUUUUAACUUUGCCCACUCUAUCAUUGCGGAAUGAAUGAAACUGUUUCAUUUACAUUUUGUCAGUGUCACAUGGAAACGAACAGGUGAUGGCUGUAACUUUGCUCUCAGUGGUAUGAUCUGUUGCCAUAGAUCUAGAAAUUUUUUUCAACUCUUCAGAAAUAUGUGACAUUUAAUUAGGGACGAGAUUGUUGUUGAAAUAUGUACCUGCUCGUGCAUAGAGUGAAGGUGGCUGCAUACAAGUUUUGUCAAAGUUGUACCUGAUGUGCUGUCACCAACCAAAUGUCAGUCAAAAGCUGCUGGUCAUGGUGUUAAUGUUGUGUUCCUACACAAAGCCAAACUGGAAGAAAGCGCGUAAUUUCUGAUGUAAUUUUUAAGGCAAGUACUUCCCAGGGAUCUACAUUGAUUCCGGAAAAAAAAAGCCUUCUGUCACAUAUUUGAUAAUGGCUCAAGGCAUACCUUUUUUAUGCACUUUACUUAGGCAUUAAUUUCAUACCUUCAAAUGCUAUGUUCCUUUUUACGCCCUUUG